AUGUUGCCCACAGGCCCUUCUACCAUACGCCGGCUCGGCCAUGCCAUUCUCUGCGGCGCACUUCAUGUAGCAUUCGAGACAGCGGACAAAGUGAGAGGAUGCUACUCAAUAUGUGUCCUCUACCGCUCUUCUUUAGUUCUUGCGACUGUUGGUAGCAACUGCGGCGUCUACCAGAUCGAAGCGAUCGUGCCUCUCCUGAAUGCCUCUUUGGAAGCACCAGAUAGUGGGCGGGGCCUUCAGUGUUACACUGCUCCAUACACGUGGAAACUGAUCUUCCUCUACGAACAGAAAUACUACGAGCUUCUCAUGAGUGCAUGUUCGGAGCAGGAAGAAAAGGUGUGGAUCAAUCACCUUACGCUGCGUAUCGCUGCAGAGUCUCGAGAUGCGGCAGAAGGCCGGCAUAGUGAUAAUCAUGCGCAUAUUGCGAUGAACAUCAAGCCAUUGAGUGCCGCGCUUGAGCAGCAUGGAGACAUGAUUCGCAAUAAAUCGAUCCGACGAGCCGCGACUCUCGGUCCCAGGCUAAGCAUUCAUCAAGUCAUUAUCAAGAAUACAUAUGCACGAACUCCUGGGCGAGGAAGCGAAGACGGAUCCAUUCGAGUGUCAAGAUCAAAGUCUCACAUGUCUUCGACUCACAUGUUUACACUAGCACCGAGACGAUCAGAACGAGUACGCUUGGAAGGUAUACUUGCAGACGUGUGGUCUCGGGACAGCUUGCCUUACCCUGGGAUGGCCACGCGGCGGCCAGAGAACGGGAUUCGGGCGUCUGCAAAUUCAGUCAUGCGAAAGUUGAGCAUGGCGAGCAUCGCAAGCAAUUUCUCCUCGAAGAGAUCAGGCAGCUUCGGUAACUCUUCGACCCAGCGACCGGAAAGCGGCAGGACGCCAUCCCCGCGAGCAUUCUAUAGUAUGACUUCAAAGGGCAGGAGACUCAAGAAACGUUGCUCAAGAGCUGCCGUCGUUGACUUCCACACCGCGCCAGCAGCCUUUUUACCAGAAGACUUCGAGCUCAAGAGGCCAACCCUCGCGGUUCGCAGUCAGAAUUUUGUGAGGCGUGCCAUGACUAUGGAGACAUGUAAGACCGCUUCGCAUCUUCAUUUCCCACAGAGUGGACAGGAAAAUAAACAACCAGCGUCAAUUUUCGUCUCCACGGACUUCAAUUCUCCAACUCUUACACCACUACAGAGCAGUGAGUCAGGGUGCUUGAGUGACAUUCGACCAGCUACCACGAAGCAAGGCCACCCAGGGACGAGCUUACCACUGAAACCUUCAGCGAUCGUCACCAAAGCGCCGAUUAAGGUCAAGAGUCGUCUCUUUAAGCUGCUUAGAGUCCACAACAAAAAUUCAUGA